AUGGGAUCAGGGACACUCCUGAUGCUGCUGGUGUCAAACCUGGUCUUGUGGAAGAAUGUGGUCUCUGUACGUUUAUGCCCCAGCUGGGAUAGUUCCUGCCAGGGGAACCUCAAUAACAUGUUUGAUUAUGCCCUGAGCCUGUCUCAUGAAAUCAAAAAUCAAACUGAUGAAAUGUUAAAUAACUUUUUGCAGGAUAUACAAUACAAGCCAGGGAGGUGGUACCUUGAUGGGGCCCAAAGCAGCUGCCAUACUUCCACCUUUGCUAUUCUGCUGCCUGAAGAGGAAACAAAACAGAUCAAAGGUAUAUUCCUUCUUCAAGAGAUUCUCACCAUGUUGGGAGCUUGGAAAGACCCUCUGGAUCAUGUAGUGACUGAGCUGGGUCGUAUGGAAGAAGCCCCUACUGCAAUCAUAGCAAGAGCCAACAUUGUAGGGACAGCAAUGGUUGGCCUGCAAGAAGGCAUUCGGAGAAUACUUGGAAAGAUUUAUCCUGGAUUCAAAGAAUUUGAGGAGUACCCCUUCUGGAAAGGACUGGCAUCCUUGCAGUCAUCUGAUGAGGACCUUCGUGUUUUUGCACUCAGUAGUCUGUUUCAGUGCCUGAAGAGGGAUUCUCAGAAGAUUGAUUCCAAUCUAAAGCUCCUGAAGUGCCAGUUUGCCUAUGCCCGUGGUUGUUAA